GGCUGGUAUACUUUGAAUGCGGAAAAAACUGUGGAGGAACCCAAUCCGGAAGUUAUUGAAGCCAGCUUUAUGUGCACUGGGAAGAUACGAUGUUGGUGGUGUGUGGUCGCAUGUACUGGAUUCAAAACUGACGCGGAACCAUCAAAACGAGGCCCCACAGUGGACAUCUGGAAAGAUGCGAGCUGUGCUCUCGCUGGGCGCCGAUGUGCUGCCGGAGUACAAGCUGCAGCCGACGCGCAUCCACCAUUGCACCAUCGUGCAUUACAGUCCAUUCAAAGCGGUCUGGGACUGGAUUAUAUUGCUGCUCGUUAUAUAUACGGCAGUAUUCACACCGUACGUUGCGGCCUUUCUUCUCAGAGAAUUACAAGAUACCUCACGUAAGGCUCGAUUUUCGGAGCCUUUGGAAAUCGUCGAUUUGAUAGUGGAUAUUAUGUUUAUAGUGGACAUUAUUAUAAAUUUUCGUACUACUUACGUCAAUGAGAAUGAUGAGGUAGUGUCACACCCGGGUAAAAUUGCCAUCCACUAUUUCAAAGGAUGGUUCGUCAUAGAUAUGAUAGCCGCCGUGCCAUUCGAUUUGUUAUUAGUGAAUACAAACAGCGAUGAAACUACCACGCUUAUUGGUCUACUAAAAACUGCUCGAUUAUUACGGUUAGUGCGGGUAGCAAGAAAAUUAGAUAGGUAUUCCGAAUACGGUGCUGCCGUGUUAUUACUAUUGAUGGCGACGUUCGCCCUAAUUGCUCAUUGGUUAGCGUGCAUUUGGUACGCGAUAGGAAGCGCCGAACUGCCACAUAAGCGUGAAAUUACGUGGUUACAUCAGUUAUCUCGGCAUCUGAACGAGCCAUACUUGUCAACCAACGGUACAGUACCCACGGGUGGACCGUCGUUAAAGAGUCGUUACGUAACGUCACUAUACUUCACACUUUCAACCAUCACUUCUAUAGGUUUCGGUAACGUCUCUGCGACGACGGAUUCCGAGAAAAUAUUCACUAUUAUAAUGAUGAUUUUAGGAUCUUUAAUGUAUGCCUCUGUGUUUGGUAACGUAUCAGCCAUUAUACAACGGUUGUAUAGCGGGACAGCACGAUAUCAUACGGAAAUGUCACGACUACGUGAAUUUAUCCGAUUUCAUCAGAUUCCUAAUCCGUUACGGCAACGGCUCGAGGAAUACUUUCAACAUGCAUGGUCAUAUACGAAUGGAAUCGAUAUGAACUUGGUGUUGAAAGGUUUCCCCGAUUGCCUACAAGCGGAUAUAUGCUUACAUCUGAAUAGAAAUCUGUUGAGUAGUUGUCCUGCAUUUGCCGGAUCGACACCCGGUUGCCUGAGGGCGUUGAGUAUGCGGUUUCGCACCACUCAUGCGCCACCUGGUGAUACGCUAGUCCAUCGUGGUGACAUCCUAACCGGUCUGCAUUUCAUAGCGCGAGGUAGCGUUGAGAUCCUGAACGAUGACAACACUGUUAUGGGCAUACUUGGGAAAGAUGACAUAUUUGGUGAAAAUCCGUUGUUGUAUGAAGAAGUCGGCAAGUCAUCAUGCAAUGUCCGUGCAUUGACAUAUUGUGAUCUGCAUAAAAUUCUCAGGGAUGAUCUGCUCGAUGUACUGGAUAUGUAUCCGGAAUUUGCGGAAAAUUUUUGCAAAAACCUCAUCAUCACUUACAAUUUGCGCGAUGAAUCCCAGUCUACACGAAAGCGAUUCGAUCGUCACAAAUUGUUGAGAAUGUCAUCUUCACUAAAUAAAGACCGAUACGGUACGCCGUUCGAUGACACCUCUGAACAACGACAGCGGCGGAGUGCUACUGAUUCAGUGUCCCGAACGGACUCGAACCCGGUUGAUCGUCGACAAUCUGGUGGGUCCCGUGGCUCAUCACGCUAUUCUCCACCACAUGUACGAGCUGAAGCGACACCGUUGUUACGACGUGCUCAACACGAAGAAGAUGACGGAGUGUUCGAAGAUAUUCGUGCAUUUUCUCGUGGUAACACCGUAACCGUCUCACCAACUGUGCAUCACGACUCUAAUGGAAACGGUGCUGUGCCAUACCGGAUACCACCGCCCGAUCGUGAGACUGAAAGCAGCGAUGACACGAAAAUUGUGCAGUUAUCACGGCGAUUGGAUUCCAUAGAAAAUGCUCUUGAACGGAUGCAGAACAAAAUGAACUCGGAUUUCGAGUUAUUAAUACGGUUGCUGAAAGAUCAUGGCAAACUCCCGUCCUCAUCCGAUGAAUCCGUUGAGUCCGUGCGACAACGGCGGGUCGUGUCCAUCAGUCCUGGUGAGAUUGUUCGCCUACCCAAUGGAGGCGACGAGAUGAGAUAUUUGAAGAUGAUGCGGAUACAUUGUUGUGAUGACCUGCUCACUUCUCAGCGUUCCUUGCCCAACACAAUGUGCCAUCAAUAAAACUAUUCUCAUCCCUCACACUUGUAUUUUACAGAAGUUUUAUAGAGAACAUAUAUAGCCAUCACGUAGUGCCGAGAAUGAAUUAUUGGAACAAAUUUCCAAUAAUUCGAAGAUUGACAUGUCCCUAUAGCAAUUCCACCCAUAGCUGCUUGAAUUUGCAAGGGUUUGUACUGCCCCGUAUGGUAUCUUUCCUUGAUUCAUGUUUGGCCUUCCAUAUCGUUUCUGAGCGUGCACCUGUAGCUUGGCGGUUGAUGUGGAAUUUAGCAAUUUUUAGCAUUUUGGAGGAUUUGUGGUUAAAAAAAACCGAAAAAUUCGAAAAACUCCUCAGCAACCGCAAUUCUGCAAUCCCUGUUUUUGUAAGGCGGUUAUUUGUGAGUUUCGUCGUUGUCAGAAGCGUAAGCUACGCAACUUCACAACAACCGCCAUUACCCUUGCCGAUCUCCACGCCACCUUCAAUGUUAGGGAUUUCAUUCGCAUACCGAUGUCACCAUCAAUGUUCAUUACGGGUUCACCAAUGUUUUACAAAAAUCGGUGUCUCUCAAGAAAAAAAUCUAGUCUCACCCCCCCCCCCCCCCCACCUUUAAUGUACAAUAAAUUCGAAAUUGCUGCUAUGUGUUUCGAGCACGUCGAAGGACGUGAGGCAGAACAUCUCAGGAAAGUCUGUCGUUUGCUUCAAAAUCCUUCCUCUUCCAUGUCCUCCCUCCUCCUCAUCCUUGUUUUAUCCUCCUCCUCCACCAAGUGAUGCCGUCUCCCAUAUGUCUCAAUAUGCCAAA